AUGGGUCAAUCACGCGGUAAGCUAUCCAGCUACGGAACUCUCGGAAAUAUGUUGGAAUGUACUAAAUUGACACUUUCCCCCCUUGCCUCGGUUCUAGUUCGUUCUUUUAUAUCGAGCUUUGGAAGCAACAAGCGCCAUUCAGUUGCAUGGGAAACUGGCGAAGCUUCAAGCAAUGCAUCUCCCCCGGUCGAAACCCCGCCACGAUGGAAUACACCUUCACCAGAAACUCCAACACCGCCCUCUGGAAUCUCACCAGUGAAUAGUUCGGCCAGCAGAGGAGAUUUUAUUGGUUCCCGACCGGCGUCAAUGAUUUUCACUCGCAAUCCUCCGCUAAUGACCCAAGCGGAGGAUACCCCACCGGAGCUAUCGCCGAUCUUUGCCUACCUCAAUAUCCAGAGCAGUAAAGUCUACCAUGAAGGUUACUUCCUGAAGCUUAAUGAUCAGGAUACCUAUGGGCGACCGUGUCCUGAUCGGCAAUGGACUGAGUGCUAUGCACAACUUGUCGGGACAGUACUUUCCUUGUGGGAUGCUGCUGCGCUGGACGCAGCAAAUGGUGAAGAGGUUUCAGCGACCUUUAUCAACCUGGCAGAUGCCUCACUUAAAAUGAUUGAAACGCUACCGAUCAGAAAUGGAACUGCUCCAGCAUUGGAAAAUGUUCUUAGCUUAUCCUCAGCUGGUAAAAACCGAUACCUCUUGCAUUUCAGCUCUUUCCAUUCCUUGUGCCAGUGGACAGCUGCUGUCCGUUUGUCGAUCUACGAGCACACCUCCCUUUACGAAGCAUACACAGGUGCCUUGAUUGGCUCCAAAGCAAAACAUCUGAAUGGCAUUAAUGGCAUCUUGGCUCCUGCAAGAUUCAGACAUGAAGACUGGGCACGUGUGCGAUUUGGAGCUGGUACUCCAUGGAGACGAUGCUGGUUUGUGAUCAACCCACCAGAUGAGAAGCAGAUUGCCAAGGCUCGCAAGGCCCUGAAGAAAUCAGCAUAUGACCGCCUCUCCAUUCCUGUCACAGGAAACAUCCAGUUUUUUGAGACCCGGAAGACCAAAAAAGCGACGCCCAUUGCAACGGUGACCCAUGUUUACUCAGCAUAUGCGAUUUACCCCCAAUCGAAGGCACUCAUUGAUCAAUCUAGUCUGGUGAAGCUUGAAGGUCGGAUCACGAUGCAUAACCAAAACCAACAGACUUCAGAAGGUUAUGUGUUUGUCAUGCCAGAGCUGCACGCCGCUGUUUCAGGGUUCGAAAUGAUGAUCCGAUUCCUCUUUCCAACUUUCGACACUUUCAAUCUAUACGGCCGUCCAACUCGUCUCGUGGCGGAAUCCAACCACAUCAAAAGCCUCAUGUUUGCCUUCCCCCAAGAGCGCCGCUUCGGUUAUCUAGAUUUGAUGGAUAUUACAAGUCUGCUUCAGACCCCUGGAAGUCAAGGUUGGAGUGAGGCUGAGUGGAGGCGGCAACUGAAAGAAGCGACACAGAAGAGGGUUGGUAUGGGUCGGAGCAGAACCAAUAGCGUGAACAGUACUCAACCACGCUAUCGUUCUAGCGCUUCAAUAAACAAUGGUGGUUCUACUCCGAUAGAGUCACCCCGCCGUCCUUUCCCUAAGCCGCAGUUCAAUCAGUCCACUGAAGCUGUCAUUCGCGAAGUUCCCCGAAAUGAACCCCCACCCUACCAUGCCCGGGGAACGUCUGACAUCACUGGUAUCCAGACUGGGCCUCAGCCUGGCCAAGUAUCCCUGGAUCAAAAUUCACCUGCUUCAUCUGCUCAAGAUUUGGGGUACUCUCAUGACAGACAGGCUACUUUACGGGGACCUAUUAUGGCGACCAUGGAGCUGGAACGACCCCCUGUGGUGAAUGGAGAGCAGAUUACACCACGCACUCCACCUUCCCCUGUCGUGAGCCCACCGGUCUUCGCACAUGGCCCUCGUGAGACGCCUUCUAACCGUCCUUACGCCACUACCGAGCAGCGACUGGCUAAUAAUCGGAUGUCUCAAGCAACUCUUCUGCAGAUGACUUCAGUUGGUGCGAUGGGUGGAGCCGCGGUGGCCUUGCAGAACAAUUCAUCCCAAACCAGCGUUGAUCGGCAGUCUCCAAUUCCCAACGACGUCUCACAAGUCUCUCAGGCUCAUGUUUCUCAUGUGUCCAGCAACACCUCGUCUUUACAAUUCGUAGAGGCCCAAAGCUCGCCACUGGCAAGCCCCCACCCGACAGAUAUGUCUAGCGACGAAGAGCUUCGUCUUGCGAUACAAGCUUCCAUGAGCAUUGAUGAUCAGUCUACAUUGUCCCAGACACCUAAAAACCAAGCAUCUCAACGUCAAUCGGUGAUCGAGUCGGGAAAGUCAGUCAAGCGUAAGCCACUACCUCAAAGGCAACUCUUCGAAGCCGAAACUGGUGGAGAGCCCAGUAUAGAGGACCUUCGUCAUACUUUAGACGAAGAUGCGCUCAAUCGAAUUGCUUAUCACUUGCCAUCUCCUGUGUCUCCCACGGAUAACGAGGAGGGAAGCGUUUACGACGAUGCGGCCUCGACAGUUUCUCCUGACUACGCAAGCACCCGAGGCUCGGUGUACAGCAAGAAGUCCCAGCGGUCUACCAAGCCUCGCAUGGGUGUCAAGAAGACAGUUGGAGAGCUCGCCAAGCGUGAUCUCGUCAUUGGCGACGCUCAUUAUUCGACUGACAAGCCAGCUGAGCCGAAAACAGACAUUCCCAAUAUCGAUUUCGGACCAACCAUGACUUACAUGCCUACUACUGGGCGCCCAAGAACGGCCGACACUUUACGGAAAUCAUCCCAUCAGAAAAGUGACUCCAAUACAGACCCGUUCAAUCUUUGGGUGCCCAGCAGUCCUAUGGAUCGUGGUCAAAGUCGGCCCCCUGCCCAAGAGGAACAAAGACGGAGCGUGUUAUGGCAUCCAGGGAUGACUCCAGCCCGUCCCGCCACCUCUGGCGGAGGUCUGUCCGCGGAACAGUAUGUCAAGCAACGGGCAGCGCCUAGUCCCCCCAUCACCAUGCAUAAUCGAUCGUCAUCUAACCACACUCCACCACCACAACAGCGUUCACAAUCGGGAGAUUGGACUCACAGUCGCCCCGGUUCACGCAUGACCUCGUAUCAGGAUGCUAAUUAUCGACCCUCGUCGCGUGGCACCAGUCCGAUGCUUGCCUAUGACGUAUCAAACCAUCUCUCCGCUCGUGAGCAAGAACAUGUUGCGCGAGUGACCAACUCGCCUUUCUUUAACAUGUCUCAAGAUAAUCGAAAGCCCCAAGUCCCUGUUACCCCCGGGUGUCUUGUGGGUACUAUCGAUGCCCGCGAGCGGGAGAAGCGUGACAUGAGAGAAGGAUUGUCUAAUUCGAUGGUUCAACAAGCAAUUGCUCAACGUCAACAGCGACAGAGUAUGAUACAGCAGCAGCAGGCACUUAUCGACCCUCGAUAUGGUCCCGGUUCAACCUACGUUGCUCAACCCCAACCUCCUUUCCGCCAAGAAGGCAUGUACAACGUACCUGGUGCCAACCGUACCUGGGAUAACCUCCAUCAGAUGAGCCGGCCUGAUGAACCCCGUCGUCAGUCAACUCAUGGUCCAUUGUUCCAUGCACCGUCCACUCCCCCAAAUUACCAACACAGCCAAACCUAUGCUCAGCAUGGAGUAUAUGGCAAUCCCAACGCACACCGCUAG